CAUCAAUUAUGCAUUGUAAAAAUCUCUCACAGUUCUCCAAUAAUAAUUAAAAAAAAUAUAUCAUACCUGUUGCACAACUUUAAAAUUUGCAUUGUUGAUACUCAUUUUACCCUUUCAUUCUCUUAUACACUUAUGCAUCUAUAUACUGUGUUUUCUCUAAAUCCUCUUAUCUUAUGAGUUUUUUUUUUUUUUUUUCAAGCUUGUCUAUUUCGUAUUUGCACAGUCUGCUUAACCUGAGGGUUAGGUUUAGGGGUGAACCUUUAUGGUAAUGUUUUACCUACAAAGUGAAGUUUAAAAUCACAAAUGAUAAGUCAGAUCAUACACAUUCAUACAAAAUCACCAACUUGUAUAAUACUAAUUAAUACUUAUAUCAACACUUAUAUCUGUAUGUGCAGUACCUGUAUGGAUAGGAAAUGGCAAUGUACCACAGACCUAUGCCAUGGAACCUGCACAGUUUAUGGAGACGGCCAUUACAUUACAUUUGAUGGGAAAAGAUACACUUUUGAUGGAGACUGCGAAUACACACUAAUCAGAGAUUAUUGUGGUCAUGCCAAUGCCAGUGGUACUUUCAGCGUUCUCACCGAAAACGUACCAUGUGGAACUACUGGCACCACUUGUUCUAAGGCUGUCAGAGUCCUCCUUGGGAACAAGGAGUUCAAAUUGACAGAUGGAGGUUAUCAGAUUCUUCAUAGAGAUGAGGGAGUGGACAUUCCUUAUCAAAUUUGGAUAAGAGGAAUUUACAUGGUCAUUGAGGCAAAUAAUGGUCUAAUUGUCAUGUGGGACCAAAGGACAAAUAUGUUUAUCAAACUCAGUCCAAACUUUAAGGGUACUGUUUGUGGUCUUUGCGGGAACUAUGAUGGGAACGCAGACAAUGACUUCAUGUUGAGAAGUCAGAAGGUGGUAAUUAAACCCUUGGACUUUGGAAAUGAUUGGAAAGAGUCCUCUAGCUGUCCUGUUGCUAUGGAAAUUAGAAAUCCCUGCUCAAACAAUCCCUACAGGGAAUUAUGGGCUCAGAAAGAAUGUAGUAUCAUUAAAAGUCAAGUUUUUACAACAUGUCAUUCUCAAGUGGAUCCCAGUCAUUUUUAUGAUGCUUGUGUGAGAGACUCAUGUGCUUGUGAUAGCGGUGGGGAUCGUGACUGUUUAUGCGCUGCUAUAGCAGCCUAUGCACAAGCCUGUAAUGAGGCUGGAACCUGUGUUGCCUGGAGAACACCUAAAAUAUGCCCAUUGUUCUGUGAUUAUUACAACCCUUUGGAUGAAUGCGAGUGGCAUUACAAACCUUGCGGAGCUCCCUGUAUGCAGACCUGCAGAAAUCCAACUGGGCAGUGCUCAAGUCAGAUACUUGCACUUGAAGGUUGUUACCCUAAAUGUCCCCCUGGACAUCCUUACUUUGAUGAAGAUACAAUGAAAUGUGUUAAAAGCGAGCAAUGUGGCUGCUAUGAUAAACAGGGGGAACGUUACGGCAAUCAAGAGAUAGUUCCUUCAGCAGAAAACUGUCAAAUAUGCUAUUGCGAUUCCAUGGACAUCAAAUGCAAAUACAAUUUAACAGCUUGCACCUGUAUAUUCAAAGGGAAGAAAUAUCUGUAUGGCGAUACAAUAUAUAAUACUACAGAUGGACUUGGCAGCUGCAUGACAGCUGUCUGUAAAGAACAUGGAAUAAUUCAAAAAGCUUCAUACACUUGUCAAACAUCACAUCCAAUAACAACCUAUAUUCCAACUACUAUAUUUGACUUCUCCAGUGAAACAACAGCACUUAAAAAGAGCAAGUCCUGA